AGAUCUAUUUGCAAAGGGGCUAAGAAGUUACCUUAUAUGAGUCUUGAAAUGGACCCAGAAGUAGCCAAGAACCUCCUCACUGAGGGGGCAACUCUUGUCUUUCUUGAUGUCCCAAAAAACACAGAAGUUGGCAUUGAUAUGAAUUCAUGGACCGUUGGGGAAAAGUUUAAAGGAAUCAAAAUGAUUCCACCUGGAAUUCACUUUAUUUACUACAGUGCAGUGAGCAAAGAGGGACAGGUGGCACCAAGGACCGGUUUCUUCCAUGUUUUUCGGAGAAAGGAAUUGCUGGUGAAAAACUAUGAUCCUCAUUUGGAAGAUAUUCCACCUGAACCUCCGCAUCCUAACUUGGUCCAACGUCUAAAAGAUAACCUAAAGGAAUUGGACUGCUUCCUUGGACCCUUCCCAUAUGAUUCAUGGAAGAAGUGGAUCUCCCUCACAGGGCACAUUUCAGAGGAUCUGAUCAAGAAUCAAGAGCCAAUAUGUGGGAAGAUCUCAUCGGCACCAAAUCUCAUUCCCUUCACAAAUGAAGAGCGUAAACAGUUGCAGAGAGACUGGAUCCCCCCUGACUUCUCUAAUCGAGGACCAGGAUGGGAAGAAAAACUGUUGCCACAGAUGAAGAAAGUACCUGGAAUGGAGAUGCGAUUCACACCAUUGCCGGAAAAGCGGUAUCCACAGGGUUCCACUCCUGCUGAAAUUACCAAGCAUUGCAUGGAUUCCUCCUUCUGUCUUGACAAGAUGUUGGAAAACCAUAGAAUCCCUGAGGAUCUCUUGGGAGAGUUCCAGCUAGCCUUUGUUUGCUUCCUUGUUGGAUAUGUAUAUGAAGCAUUUGAGCACUGGAAGCAGCUCAUUCAGCUCUUUACUACCUGUGAUGAAGCCCUAAAGACCAGGCCUGAAUUCUUUUUGCAAUUCAUCUCCACCCUUCACUUUCAAAUGAAGGAAGUUCCAAGUGAUUUCUUUACAGAUAUUGUGGCAGGGAAAAACUUCCUGCGGGACUGUCUCCACACUUUCUUUGCCAAUAUUAAUGCCACUGGUGAUGUUCUAGAUGCAAAAUUGAGAACCCGGGCUCAAAAAUUCAGGGAGCAUGUUGAAGCAACUUUUGAAUGGGAGUUUAGUGAGGAAGGAGAGGAAGAUUUGCCUGUCAUUGUGGAAGAUGUCACAUGAUCCUCUUUUUUUCCCUUUCCUCUGCCGGAUGCCUCCAUGGAGUUCCCAAUUUGAUCUGCUUGUUCCAUUGUGAGCCCUUAAAAUGGCAGACAUCCAUUACUGAAAGGAAUACCCUACCUUGAUAGGAAAUGGAACUUUAAAGGAACACCUGAUAUUUUUGCAGGAAUUCUCAUGAGCAUUUUCUAAAUGAAGCUCUGUGGAAUGAUAACAUCGCAGAUAAUUGUCAUCCUUGUGCAAAGGAGGGAAACAUGAAGCUAGAUAUGCUGACACUUCCUCAGUGAGGAGGAUGAUGGAACUUCACUAGUCCUCUCGGAUUUAUCUUCCAAGGCAAAGUGUGAUUGCUGUGCCUGAAUAGUUUGCAUUCUGUAUCAGCCAUGUUCAGCUUACUGGGUUGAUGACAAAGAUUGAAAUUCUAAGUAUUUGUGGCAUGUUGCAUAUUAAUGCAAAGCAACCAUGUUCAUGAUGACAAUUGUCAGAAUUCUUUUGCUAAUUUUUUCAUUCAGUAAUUGGUUGUGCAAAGUCUCUUUCAGCUUUGAAGAAUUGAAAAUUUUCUUAUUCAACGGUACUGUAUGAUGCAGAGUUGAAUGAUGCCAGGGAAAUUGAUGUGAGUAAAAGAAAUGACUGAUUUAAUGG